GAUGGCGGAUGAGAAUGAGACAGCACCGAUGCCGGAGAAAGAAGAUGUAGAGGACCACGGACACUGCAGCGACUGUGAAAACGAGGAGCACCACUCUGACGAUGGUGACAGGGAUCUCGGUGACGACACUGGUGCCAAGAAGAAGAAAAAGAAGCAGAAAAAGAAGAAGAAAUCUGGUGCCACAGAAGCUGCUCAGGACCCUCUUGCCAAGGUGAAUUCAUUGCCAGCUGAUAAGCUACAAGAGAUCCAAAAGGCCAUUGAACUGUUCUCUGUUGGCCAAGGUCCUGCCAAAACCAUGGAGGAGGCAACUCGGAGGAGUUACCAGUUCUGGGACACACAGCCUGUGCCUAAGCUAGGGGAAACGGUGACAUCACACGGCUCCAUUGAACCUGACAAGGACCACAUUCGUGAGGAGCCCUACAGCCUCCCACAGGGCUUCAGCUGGGACACCCUGGACUUGGGGAACUCUGCUGUGCUCAAGGAGCUUUACACCCUCCUCAAUGAGAACUAUGUGGAAGACGAUGACAACAUGUUUCGAUUUGAUUACUCUCCUGAGUUCCUGCUCUGGGCCCUGCGGCCCCCUGGCUGGUUGCCCCAGUGGCAUUGUGGGGUGAGGGUUAACUCUAACCAGAAGCUGGUAGGCUUCAUCAGUGCCAUUCCUGCCAGCAUCCAAAUCUAUGACAUAGAAAAGAAAAUGGUUGAGAUCAAUUUCCUCUGCGUCCACAAGAAGCUUCGUUCCAAACGAGUCGCUCCGGUUCUGAUCAGAGAAAUCACCAGACGGGUCAACCGGCAGGGCAUCUUCCAGGCUGUUUACACCGCUGGAGUGGUACUGCCCAAACCUGUGGGCACAUGCAGGUACUGGCAUCGCUCUCUGAACCCACGCAAACUAAUCGAGGUGAAGUUCUCCCACCUGAGCAGGAACAUGACUAUGCAGCGCACCAUGAAGUUGUACCGUCUGCCUGAGGCCCCGAAGACUUCGGGUCUGCGGCCGAUGACCAAGAAGGAUGUGCCGCUGGUACAUCGCCUCCUCCGUGAUUACCUGAACCAGUUCAACCUGGUGCCUGCAAUGAGCCCAGAAGAGGUGUCGCACUGGCUGCUUCCCCGGGAGAAUAUUAUCGACACUUUCCUGGUGGAGAAUGAUGGCAAGGUGACUGAUUUCCUGAGUUUCUACACACUGCCUUCUACCAUUAUGAACCACCCUGUGCACCGCAGUCUAAAAGCAGCGUACUCCUUCUACAACGUGCACACCACCAUCCCCCUGCUUGACCUGAUGUCUGAUGCUCUCAUCCUGGCCAAAUCGAAAGGGUUUGAUGUCUUCAAUGCACUGGAUCUAAUGGAAAACAAGACUUUCUUGGAGAAGCUUAAGUUUGGCAUUGGUGACGGGAAUCUUCAGUAUUAUCUGUACAAUUGGAAGUGUCCCAGCAUGGGGUCGGAAAAGGUUGGGUUAGUGCUGCAGUGACAUCCCUACAUGCCAUAAACAAGUGUCACCAACAGGCCAGGAGACCGCACCAUCGCACUGACCACCCAACAGAUGGAGUGACGACGUCCUGCUUCAGGAAAGGAAACCCCACCGCCCAUUUUUACUUUUUGACCUUUUGAACUUUGACCUGCACUACCGCUGCCAGGCAGGGAGGCGGAGAGAGUCUUCCUCCUCCCUCGAUCACAUGGACCUUAAGCCAUUGUAGUUACCAUCCCCAACAACUGCAUAACAUCUGAAAGCUGUCUUGAUUGUACCAAACACGCAUACACACUGACAAACAGUUUGCACAGAUUACUGUAUACCAAACACUCUGUUGGCAUACCAACGAACGUUCAGUACAUGUAAAUAAUAUCAAACAUAACAGCAAAUUAUGCCCGUCACACACACACACACACACACACACACACACACACACACACACACAUACACAUACACAUACACAUACACAUACACAUACACAUACACAUACACACAUACACACACACACACACAAACUAGAACCUACUGUUUUAUUUUAUUCCUAAAUGUUGGAAAUGCUUUUUGCAAUUUAAAGAUCUGUCAUCCUUAAGUUUUAGAGAUAAAAAAAAUUCAAAAUGAUCAAAAAAGAUUUUAAAGAAGAAAAGGCUCAAAAAGAUGAGGUAAUAAAUACCAAAAGUGGACACCAGAUAAGGGCUUCUGAUUUUUCUUGUCAUGCUUGACCCUGUCUUUUUUUUUUUUUUUCAUUUUUUAUUUUAAUUUUUCUCAUCAAACCCCUUGUUCUACCAGUCAUUAUGGUGUUGUUUCAACACUGCUUGCAGAAGAUGUACAUGCUGGAGUUGGCAUUCAUGUUCUGGAGUUUUUCUCAUCUGUAUUAACUUUUAUGACUCUGCUGUCCAGCUUUACUGCACUAACACAAGAAGCCCUGCUCAGAGGCAAAUAAAUCACAGACUUGACAAAAAAAAAAAAAGGACCAGCUCAGUUGAAGAACAUAAUCUCAAUCAUUUUGGACGAGGCUGGACUGCCACACAUAGGUGGAAGGCAUUCUGACGGGGUUUACUCGACACGUUCAUCAGCAGGGAUCAGAUUUGUAAUGACACCUCUCGAGUUAACUGCGUCCCAGUUGCAAUGUCCACUGGUGUGGACUCAGACUUUUUGACUUUGGUCUGUGAGGACAGUGGAAAGUUGUUGAGUGCUUUGACCUCUCUCUGGGGGCUUUCAUUUAUCUGCAACUAUGCAGAGAAAAUCACAAAGGAAGUCUUAAAUAGUCACACAAAUUAAGAUGAGAGAAAAACUACAAGUUUACAUGCACCUAGCAAACACUGUUGGGCUCUUUGCUGUAUAAAUGAUUUUGUCUCAUUUGAUUAAAUAUGAUCACUACUAACAUGCUUCAGACAUGCAGUUUUACUAACAUGAGAUAUAAGCCUCGCUUGUAACAUUUCAUAAAGUGCGGUCUUCUUCUUCAUACAGUAUUCAGAGCGUUACGCAAAUCAUGCAGGUGUUGUCAGUGAAAGUCUGUGAAAGUUCAAGGUGGAUGUUGGAGCUGGGCCAGUGAACUGCAGUCUGGACAGCUGUGGGUGGGUGGUAAUGAUGACUGGGGAGGGGGGAGAAAUGCCCCCAGUUUAAAGUGUUUCUUAUGUAAAAUGUUGAUUGUGUUUGCAAACAAAUGUUAAAGAAUUAAUGGGUCUCAUGGUGUUAUGAUGCAGGAGAAGAAUGUGAUGAAUGCAGGUGAUUUUUUUUCUUUUUUUUUGAGCAAAAAAUAAAAUCUAGAAGUUGCUGUGA